GGCGGGUCAUUCCGGAAGUGGAGGAUGCUGCGUAGUGGACCCCAUUGAGGUGGGGACCAGUUCUCUCCUCCAUGCGUGCGCGGAGGGGGCCUCCACGCAAAGGGACUGGCACCAAGCGACCACCGAAGAAGCUGAAACGUGGAAAAAGAAGCCGUGCAAAAUUAGAAAUCCAGGGCCCAGGCGUCUGCGGGAGCAGCAGCAGUGCCGUCUCCUUCCCAAAGGAGCCGGCCGAUACAACUGCGGAAGGGACUCGGUGCUUCGCCCGUCCGCCCAGCCUCGAGAUAAUGCUGCAGAGUGAAGGGAAGGGGUUCCCCAAGAGGAACGAAGACACGCACGGGGACCAGGCCGAUCUCUGCGUGGAACUGCCAGGGGCUGACGGCUGCUUCCCAAAGGCCGACAGUAAAGCCCUCUUCCAGCCCCGCGUCCAGGAUGUGGAGGAGGAGGAGGAGGAGGAGGAGGAGGAGGAAGACGAGGAGGAGAUCUGUGGAGCCGAGUUUUCGGACAGCUCUGAGAUGGAGCCGGAAGAGCUGCAGGGCCACGUGGUGGAGCUGGAUAACAGUGCCUUCUUGAACGAGGACAGCAACCAGCCGCUCCCGAUGGACCGGUUCUUUGGGAGCGUGGCCUUCAUGCAGGACCUCCCAGCUGCUCCGCUUGCCCGGGCCACUGCCAGCAGGCGAGAGUUCAGAAAGCUGCACUUCAUAGCCAAGGACGACGACGACGAAGAUGCUGAUGACGACGUCAUUUGAGCACCCAGAAUUACCAAAGAUCUACUGCCUUCUGCUACUUCGGUUUUUCUACACACUUGAGACAAUAAUGGCUAAAAUAUAGUUAACUGGUCGACUCUCCAGUGUGACGUCUUCCAAAGGUGUUUUCCUUCUACAAAAAGGCGCCAUCCAGUAUGGAUCCCAGGCAGUACCCACCGCCCAGGAGGGUAAGCCAAGGGCGGCAGGGGUGGUGUGAAAUCCUUGGCGGCAGGCAACUGCGUCUGUAAAAUCCUGACUUCCUUAGUGGGAGUCGUAGUACCAGAGGGGGCACGUGGUGGGAGUAGUAGUUCCAGAAGGGGCUCCUCCCUCUUUGAUUGGACCUGGAAGCAAGUUACCACAGAGUUGGUAUUUGCACUGUGGGGUGAUGCAUGGUUUCUUGCAGGCUUCCCACCAUCAGAGGUCUUGGAUCCUACCAAAGGACAUUUCGAGACACUUGGAGACUCUGCCCCUGGUAUAAAUUAACUCUGUGGUACUCUGUUAUCCUCUGCCCUUCAUACCCAAGAAGCAGUAACCUGUUUGGUCUGCAGCAUUUCUAGGACUCUUGGUUGCCUGGCGUGCAAGUCAACACCCUAGACCAGGCCUGCUCAACUGUGGCCCUCCAGCUGUUUUUGGACUACAACUCCCAUAAUCCCCAGCCACAGUGGCCAAUAGCCAGGGAUUAUGGGAGUUGUAGGCCAACAUCUACAGGAGGGCCGAAGUUGAGCAGGCCUGCCCUAGACUCACUUAAGAGAGCCACCUAGACUCACUUAAGAGAUUAAGAAUCUUGGCAAAGAAUGAAUUAAAUGAUAGCAUCUGAAAAUCCAGUCCAGUACCAAUAUAGUUCAUGAGAGAGGGAGAUUAUUUCAGGGCUGUGUUCUCUUUAAUCCAAUAGAGUUAACAGUGUGAUUCUUGGGCAAUUCCUAAAUGAACUACCUCCCCACUCCCUGCAAAUAUCUAGAAUGGCAUCGAGAGCUGGGCAUGGAUAAAAUGCACACCAAGUAACCAAAUGUAGAGGAUGAGGAAGAGAUCGGAUGGGUGUAUCGAACACCUUGGUGUUGAAUCCUGUUGGAUUCCUCAUUGGACAAUUUUUUUCAUUGGCUCCAACUUGAUUAGGAACUACAGAUACGUGGGUUUUAACCCUUUUGUAUCUGCAGAUAGUGAAAUUGGGUGUCAGACAUCUACAAAUAUGCGGAAAUAGAGUCUACGUAUAAUGGGGUUUGCCUUUAUAUCCCAACAAACACUACCAGAGAUUGCAGGAAGGUUUUUAUUUUCAAGACAGUCAUACAAAACUGCUUUAAUCCCCGAGAAUGACACUACUGCCAGAACAAGCCAUUUCUUUUAAGUUCUUCACAUUGCUACAUACUUAUGUAGCUAGUUCAGUAAGUUUAAAAAAAAAUCUAAAUUGUUCUGCGUUGGGUGCAGCAGACGAGUUGAGCCAAGAGAAAAGGCCAAAAAAAAAAAAAAAAAAAAAAGACACAGACUUACACAGGAGUAGGUCCCCUUGAAAUCAUUGGGACUCCUUUCGCUUUCUGUUGCACACAGAGUCCAAUAGCAUUUGUGUUUUUGAGUUUAUAGCACUUGUUGUCCCUGGUAUGGAAAAUCAAAGCACCCGGUUUUUUUUUCAGUUAAACAAAAUUAUUUCAGUAAUCAGAGAGAUGUUGAAUUGUAACAGGGGGUCUCAGACUUGGGUCUCCUGGAUGUUAUUGGACUACAACUCCCAUCAUCCCCAGCCAUAGCGCUGAUGGAAGGAGAGACUUCCACUCCCCCCUUGCACCAUUUUAUGAAUUAAAACUGUACACCCCCAAA